AUGGAUCCCCUCAGCAUCGCCAGCGGAGUAGCAGGCCUUCUCACAGUCUCAGCCGCCGUGAUCAAAACCUUUGACACCGUCAAGUCCAGCAUAGAAAACUGUCCCCGGACAGUAUUAUGGGCACAUGCUGAGACAAAAGAGAUCAACUGGGCGAUUAAGCGACUCAAGAGUUUGAUCGAUGAUCCAGAUUCGGUCCCGAAAGCGGCGAGGAUGUCGGUUGGCAUUCAUGAUGCGACUGUCACGAUCAGUGAAUUGAUCAAGACGUGUGAUCAUCUCAUCACCACGCUGAAGCCGUUGGAUAAUGAUGGGAAGGUUGUUCUGACGAGAUGGGAUCGGGUCAAAUGGUUGAGGGUGCAAGAUGAUGUUGUCAACGAGUCAGACGUGGUUAUCGUGGAAUCACAGCGUGCGCUGGAACUCAAGAUUGACGCGGUCCUCAGCAGCAGCGAAGCAACUCAAAGACGAAUCGAAGGUCUCGAAGCGCUGUUCAACAAGUUUAUCGCCGAUAAUUCCACUCUCAUCCCUUCCAACCGGUCAUCCAUGGCCCCGACAUUGCAUCAGUGGAAAGAAGAUGACGCAACAGAAACUGAUUCAGUCGCGACAUCGCGGAAGUACGAUCGAGAUGAGUGGAAUGGCUUUCACGCAAGUGCAGAGCGAUCCCUCAGCUUCCCGACGUCGAGUGUCCCAGAGUUAGGAAUGCCGAAACUAAAGCGCUCAACUUCGACGGAAACUUCGACAAAGAGCGAGAGUAACGGCACGACUUCACCACCACGUCGCGAGUUUGAGGUCGCGCUUGAGAAGACAGACGUCUACAAGCGUGUGUACAACUCGACAGAUGCCUUCUCGAUACAUUCUACCCACGGCCGCUCCAUAACAGGCUCAGUCAUGACUAGCUUCAGUCUUGCCGACGACUCAUCCAUCCUGUCCGCUUUUCCAAUCAUGAGCAGGACGGAACUUCAACACCCGGAGUUUUACACCCAAAUGAGUGGUAAUCAACGCAUAUCUCGAGAUCUCAUGAGAGCCAUCACAACAAGAAGUGUUGUCAAGUCCCCAGUGGAACCUCCUCCAGGAGCACCAUUCUCGCUCAAGCAAUUCAGGUCGCCUCCGAACUGCGGUGAGAACGUCAUGGGUCGAUGGCAUCAAUCACGGACCAAAGCCUGGCGACCCAAAGAGUUUCGAACAGAGAUUCAGUUCGAAGUUCCUGUCAUCUUUGUCACUACUUCAAAGACAGACAAAAGACCUAUCGACGGAGCGGAUGUGUUUUUCAUUGAUGGAACGAGAAAGAGCCUUGAUGAUACAUGGACUGAUCUCGAGCCACCAUCUACCGGCACAUUUACCAAGACAGGGCGCUUCGUUAAAAAUGAUCGCGCAACUUGGCUUGCGCUACUGUCGAGUUUACAAAAGAUGGAAAACCAAUCGCAAAAUUGGACGAGACAGCAGAUCAUGGGGUUACGGCCACGCCCAGCAAGCGCCACAGCAAUACUCACAUCCAUCGCUGGCAAACACACUCUCAACGUCGCUCUGCAACGAGAGAAGAAGAGUUGGGACGACAUGCCCCCGUCAAUCAACCGUCCCUACGCUACAACUACCAUGAGCAGCUUGAUAGAAAUGCUCGCUAUGCUUGGUAUCUACUGGAAAGAGUUCAACACUUUCCACAACGUGUAUCAAGCUGAAGGGAAUGGAUUUCUUGUCAAAGGUCACAAGAUCAGUGGACUUGGGAUCAUGUUUCACUUUCAAGCGCUGGAGAAGGCUAUAUUUGAAGGGAAUAGGACGAUUCCGACGAAAGCGGUGACGAGACUUGCUUUUGGACAACUCCCUACGAUAUUUACUGAGGGAUCUCCUGAGUACAAAAGAGGCAACUGUUCAUAUGACUGGCCAAAUGUUGGAUUGGGGAGUCGGACAGAGGUUGCGGAGACGCUGGCUAUGUUUGGAUUCACUUUUGAGCUCAUAGGCAUGAUCGGCCAAGUCUUUCACAUCAAGGAUCUCUGCUUUAGAUAUAUCCCCAACCCAUGCUACUGCGUCUGGAGCACAAGAGGUUUCUCUUUUCCCAAGUUACUGGCUGCGUAUCAACAAUAUCUUCACGAAGACCCCGAAAUGGCGAACGGACAGCUAUCACUUCAUGUAAACACCAUUUUUGCUCCAAAGACUGGCAUUCGACCUGGAGAUGACACCCCCCAGAGCUAUACUUGGCAAGCACAGGAUGCACUGCACUCUGUUCUCGACGAACUUGACGAGUCACUCAAAGACUACUCUUUACCAAGGCAUGGAAGUCUGCGAGCAUCUCUUGGACAGGAAAUGAUUGGCGCGCACUUUGACGAACUUCUCUCCCAGAUGAACAGCGCCUCUUCAACAUCACUAUUCCUACCUGCCAACGCAAGCAACAAAGAAGACACUCUGAUGAAAACAUACUUCCAACAGAUUCUUCCCGCCGUGUUGAGGUCAGCAUCAAUGACAUUCUUCAAUCUCAAGAACGCAGAUUCCGAGUUUCAGGUCGUCAAGGGGGAAGCGGCCCAGACGGCUGAGUAUGCAGCGUAUCUUCGUGGGGCAAAGGAGGUCUGGUGUACUUUUGUUCUGAGGAUGAUUUGUUGGCUCAUGUUGCAUGAUUUUCAUCGAGAUGAUGUUCAAAUUCAGAAGGGGAGUUUGUUUGGGAGCGAUAUGCCUGUUUACAUCUCUUGA